AUGCUCACUUGGGUUUCCAGAGCACUAUGUCCUAUCGUUGAAGAAUUUACAAAGUCAAAUUCGGAAUGCGUUGUAAUAGGAGGAGCUCUUAGGAAAUCUAUUAACUUUUCGGCUCCAAUUGUUAAAUAUGGAGACAAUAGAAGCCUCAAGUCCUGUGGCUUUUUCGCACUUGGUAUCGGAAAUAAAUCAGGUGUAGCAAAUUCUGUUCUUAUUCACAGCGAUGUUAACACUGUUACCGGCCUUCAAAACCGAUUUCUGGAUCUACGGAAUAGUUUUCCACAACCUUUAAAUUUACCUACUGUACCAUCAAAGUCACUGGCCAUAUUUGUAUCUUGCAUUGCCAGGGAAGACGAACAUGAUUGGUAUAAUGACCUCACAGACCAUAGUCCUUGUAAUAUUGAAAGAGCAACCUUACAACAAACAUUCAGGAAUACACCUUUGCUCUCAUUGUAUGGGUAUGGGGAAUUGGGAAAAGAUUCGUUUUUGAAGGCAGAGCAUGCGAGAUCAAGUUCGGUUUUUAGGGCUCAUUCAUGUUCGUUAACUUGUGCUGUGAUAUACUUUGGAAUGUAA